UUUGCCAACAAGUAUUUUACCCUGUUACUAUUCAGCACGCAGCACUCAUUCUGGACUUACAACGAGAGCAGAUAAACAGGAUUUAUUUGGAGACCUAGCACUGAUUUGAGCUGAACAAUUUCAAAGCAAAUAAAUAAUGCUACUAGUGCUACUUUCUUAGGACGUUUUUGGAAGUUUAUUGCUGUGAGAUUGGCAGCCAACAUGCUCACUUUCCUCAGAAGGAAAGUGCCCAAGUCAACUAUUCUGGAUCCCAAACUCUGCUACCUCCUCCUCAAUCUCUGUUUUAGUGUAACAGCUUGGCCACAGGGGGACAACUGCCCAAGCUCUGAGUGGAGCGUCAUGUGCCGUCCAUGUUGUGAGUACCACCUGAUCCAGUGUCGGUGUCCCUCAAAAGGGUCAAGGGUCGGCUACACUGUUCCCUGCUGCCGCAAUGUUCUGGAUCAGUGUGACCCCUGUAUCAUUCACCCAGGAUGCAGUCUGUUUGAGAACUGUAAAACCUGCCACAAUGGAACGUGGAAAGCCAAUGACAACUUCUUCGUCAAUGGAAAGUAUUGUACAGAGUGUCGCCAAGGCUGGAGUGGAGGGGACUGUAGAACAUGCGGAGGCGUCAUUCAGCGGGCCCAGGGUGUCAUAGCCAUGGAGAGUUACCCGACAAACGCCCGGUGUGAAUGGACAGUGCAAGUGGAGAGGGACAGCACCAUCGAGCUGAGGUUUUCGCUGCUUAGUCUGGAGUCUGACCAUAACUGUCGUUCUGACUAUGUGGAGGUGCGCGACGGCAGCGACCUGAGCUCCCCUGUGAUUGGCCGGUUUUGUGGGGAUCAGCUGCCCUCUCCAAUAAAAAGCUCUGGGAACCUCUUGCACAUCCUGUUCACCUCAGAUGGCUACAGCAACUUUGACGGCUUUGUUCUUACUUUUCAGGAAAGUUCAGCCAUCAAGAAUCCAGUGUGUGCACCUCCAGAACAACCGGUGAAUGGAAAUUGGAUGCCUGUAUAUGGACCAAAGCAGGAGCUUGUAUCUGCAAACUACCGGUGCCAUCCACCUUUUACGCUGAUCGGCUCCCAGCAGAGGAUUUGCCAGCCUAAUAGCACGUGGAGUGGCACAGUUCCCACAUGUAUUAAAGGCCAAACAAGCAGAGGCCGGUGUUCCCGUCCACCCAAAUUGCUCAAUGGCUACCACAGACCUGCUACUGACACAGCUGGGGGUGCAAAGGCCAUUGAGUUUUUCUGUAAAAAUUCCUUCAUUCUGAGUGGAAACCAUCAGAUUACCUGCCUCUCUAAUGGAUCCUGGAGUAGCAGGCCGCCCCAGUGUGUGAGAGCAUGUCGAGAGCCCAGCGUUUCUGGACUUGUCCGACAAAUUGUUCUGAAGCCCCAUCUGACAUUAAGAGAUAAUCCAGAUCAAAGAAUCUCUCAUCUCUCAUCCAGGUUCAACAUGCCAGAUUUUUUUCCAGCUGGUUUUAUUCCACUCAUAUUGGAUAAACGGUCAAAAAAAGACAACACCGCCUUUGUGGAGCUUCCUCGUGGCCUCCAUCCAGUCCACACAAUCAUUGAGUACAAGUGUGCUUCCCCACUCUACCGCCACACAGGAAGUUCCCAACGCACCUGUCUAAAGUCUGGCAGGUGGAGUGGUCGCCAUGUUUCCUGCACACCAGUUUGUGGCAAAUUAGACACAUCCAGUCGACACAACCUCACAGACACACUGUGGCCUUGGCAUGCAGCCAUCUAUAUCCGGUCACCUCCAGAUCAUACUGCCAGCACCCACAGGCCCCGUGGAGUAACCAUGUCUAUCCAGCAGGGGGCCUCAGAGGAAUCCACAUUCUGGUACCUUGCCUGCAGCGGGGCUCUGCUCACCCAGCGUGGCGUCCUGGUGGCAGCUCAGUGUGUGGUAGACAACGACAAGCAGCAGACCCUUCACCCAGCACAUGUGAAGGUUGUCAUAGGCAUGCAGUACCAGACAUCUAAGAACCGGCUGAAAAGGCGGCAUCACCACAGGGUUUCAGACAUUUUAGUCCAUCCAGAUUUUUACUCUGCCCCCGACUCCAAUGUGGCUGUGCUCAAGCUAAAAGACAAGGUCAAGAUCAGUGAGCAUGUGUUUCCAGUGUGUCUACCCAAAAUGCAAGGUGGAGAGGUGACCGCACAGGAGGCUUACACUGCAAGGUGGAGUUUACCAAACGAUCACAGGCACCUGAGCCGCUUCACUCCCCCGAGCCAGACAAGACUUGUUGAGUUGGGUGAUGUCGUUCAGUGCGAAAGAGAAUUUGCUCAAGGAGGAGCGCAUACCACGGUGAUCAGUGACAAUACACUGUGUGUCAUUAGGAAGCCGUCCAGCCCUGAAAGCCCUUGUCCUAAUGUGAUUCCAGGGAUCACAACCAUGCCAGCUGUGUUUGUUUCCACAAGUGGUGCCUUGUUGGGUCGCGAGGAGACUCAGGGAGCCUCCAGCACAGGCUGGCAGCUUCUUGGUUUAGAGAGCUUCAGCUAUAUGGAAGAGAACUGCCACCAAGAGACUUACACAGUUCAGACACGUAUAGCCAACUUCCGAGACUGGAUAGAGAAAAACAUCCAGUAGAUUUUUUUCUUCGUCAAUAUAUCACGAGAAGGUGAUUUUCUCAGCUUAAAUCUGAAAUUCAUUUAUUUCCAGUUUUUUAAAAUCUCUCAGUGGAAAUGAUGGAGAUGGAGCAGA